UAAUUACUUCGUGUUGUACAUAGUCCAUGAUGCAGACCAGUGCGCAUACAUAUAUAUGCAGUGAGCUUUAGAGUUCAGAUAGCUUGUUUCAGUUUAUUUACAAUGAUUUACAAACUGUGUUUCAAGCAGAGGUGAUUGCUGUACAAAGGGCAAUUAUUCAAUAAAUCGUUAAAUAAUAACUUAAUCAUGGAGAACGAAAAAAGUACCAUGUUAGCUAUGCUACAGCUAUUAAGAAAAUACAAUUUGAAAGGAACUGAAGAGUUAUUUAGAAAAGAAGCAAAUUUAGCUGAUGUGCAUGUUGAGGAAAACCAACAAAGCGAUUCCGAAGUGAACAACGUUCUUUCUGCUUACAAAAGUGAAGGAGAUCCAGCGCUUUAUGAAAAGUCUUAUAGUGAACUCAAAAAAUUUGUCGAAUGUUCCUUGGAUAUUUAUAAGCACGAAUUAGGCACGAUAUUAUUCCCGGUAUUGGUGCACAUGUACCUGGAAUUAGUUUACAACAAUCAUUCUGCAGAAGCUAAAGAAAUAAUGAAUAAAUACAGUGAGAAUUUGGAAGACCAUUAUCAAGCUGAUUUGAAGCGAUUGUCUAAUGUAACAAAACGCGAACAGAUGGACGGAAAUGAGCUCAUAGAUACAUUCAAAUCUAAUCAAUUUAUAAUAAGAAUGUCUAGAGAUACACUUUCAAUGUUGAAACGUCACUUGCAAGAGAAGAAAUACAACAGUUUAUUGAAUAUAAUUAAUGAGCGCCUUUAUUUUGAUAUGUAUGAAGGCGUUGCAAGAAAUAAACAACAAAUUGAAGCCACUUCAGGUGCAACUUUAGGAGAGGCCACUAGACAAGAUAAUAAGGCAAGGGUUUACUACGGUCUUUUAAAAGAACCUGAAAUUCAGUGUGUAAAUCCUCCGGAGGAAGAGGAGGAAGAUACAGGUGGCGGCGAUGCAGACAAACCAAAGAAAAAGAAGGCAAAAAAGGAUCCGCUCUUUUCAAAGAAAACGAAAUCUGAUCCGAAUGCUCCACCCGUAGGAAGAAUGCCUUUACCUAAUUUGAAAGAUGCAGACAAAAUGGAGAAAAUUAAGGCUCUCAGAGAUGCGACAAAACGAGUCACACUCGGACCAGAGACUUUACCUUCCAUAUGCUUUUAUACUCUUUUAAACGUAGUUCAUAGCGUUACUGCUGCGGAAGUUUCGGAAGACUCAAGUCUAUUGGCUGUCGGAUUUAGCGAUUCAGUUAUAAAAGUCUGGAGUCUGCUUCCGCAAAAAUUGAAAACAAUGAAAAGCGCUGACCAGCUGGCAGAAGUAUUAACAGAGGCCGACGACGUCUUGGUGAGGAUGAUGGAUGAAAGGACUGCAGAAUCGGUAAAGUUUUUGCAUGGUCACAGUGGGCCUGUCUAUUGUUUGUCUUUUGGUCCUGAUAAAAAUCUUCUUCUAUCAUGUUCUGAAGAUACAACAGUGAGACUAUGGUCGUUACAUACGUGGACCUGUGUUGUAUGUUACAAGGGCCAUCUGUUUCCUGUCUGGACAGUGAAAUUUUCACCUCACGGCUAUUACUUCGCGACUGGUUCACACGACAAAACUGCAAGGCUUUGGGCAACAGAUUGCCAUCAACCGCUUCGGAUAUUUGCUGGCCAUUAUUCAGAUGUCGAUGUUGUACAGUUUCAUCCAAAUUCCAAUUACAUAGCCACAGGUUCUAGCGAUAUGACUGUUAGAUUAUGGGACUGUGUCACAGGCAGCCAAGUGAGAUUCAUGACUGGCCACAAAGCUCCUAUUUACUGCUUUGCAUUCUCAACUGAAGGACGAUUUUUAGCUUCGGCGGGUGCAGAUCAUCGAGUUCUGGUCUGGGAUCUCGCGCAUGGACAUUUAGUAGCAGCUCUUUCGAGCCAUUCUAGCAUCGUUCAUUGUCUUUCAUUCAGCAGGGAUGGAACUCUCCUGCUCUCAGGUUCGUUAGACUGUACGAUUAAGGUCUGGGACUUCACAAAAUUGGCCGAAGAAAUGAGUUUGGAGGAUGUUAAUGUCUCUCACAAUCCAGAUGUGAAAACGAAUGCAGAUUCCUAUCUUCUAAGGACAUUCCCGACAAAAAGUUCACCCAUUCUUGCUCUUCAUUUCACGCGUAGAAAUCUUGUUUUAGCUGUCGCACAGGACCGAAACUAUGAAAUGCUUAGAGCUUUAUAUGAUUUUAAGGCGACUUUCCCCAAAGCCUUAAGCUUUCGAGAGAAUGAUUAUUUCGUCCUUUUACAAUCAAACACAAAGCAGAGAAACUGGUGGCAGGUGAUAAACAAGGAAGGCCAAGUUGGUUUCAUUCCCUCUAAUUAUGCGACAACAGAAAAAGUGCAGCCUCAAAUUUUGAUUGACUUCUUAGACGAAUGCAUUAAAUUGUUCUCUGCUAACAGUAGCAAACAAGAAAGCGCAGUGGUCACCGAUAGCCAGACUCUAUUGUCAAAAUUAGAAGAAAAGAAACGGCAAGCAGAGCAAGGUAAAAAGACCAAAAAGCAAGCACCUAUGCCACCUGAUUUUGGGCAUACAACACUUGACAGGGACAAUAAUAGUUUUCCAAUCGUCUGCAACAAUCCUCAAGGAGACGUAAUGCCAGCGCGUAGUAACGCUUCUUACGCUAGUGUGAAAAGUAAUGCUCGACAUGAAGAUGAGCAACUUACAGAAUCAAACAAUAUUGCUGCUCAAACUCGACGUGAUUCGCCUAAUGAAAACAGGAGGCAAUCUUUACCACGACAAGCGGCCUCCGAAACGGCGCAGCGAAUUCAGGCCUCAAACGCAGAAGUACAAAAGAGCAAAUCUGAAAGUAAUGAAAAGUCAACUAAUCAUUCGCCCGUUAAGAACAGAUCAGCAAGUGUGGCUGAAAUUAAUCCUAAAACUGCUUAUCACUUGUUGGAUCAAGUCCGAAGAAAUACCCAACUUAGUUAUGAAAUGUCCAAAGUUGCUGUUUCUGUGGUCAUCGCAGGGUUGCAUGAGAUUCUACCUCAAAGUGUGAGCCACUAUUUAGAGUCGAUUCUAAAUCAACUAGAAGUUCCACUUAGUGUGUCCAAAAUGACCAUUGAGGAAACUUAUGACGCCAAUAGGUUGAAAGUCAUAUUUAAGGAACUUACCUCUUGCAAAGAAGACUCUCAGCAGAGAAGCUGGAUGUUGUAUGAGGAUGAGUCGAUUAUUGUAGAGUACAUUAAAGAGCUUACUUCUAUUCUUACUAAUGCAGAUGCCAAUGUCUCGAGGUAUGUAUUGAGACAAGAUCAGUACACUGGGGUGACGACUUUGAUUCAAUAUUAUCAAAUGGAACCUAGGUGGACAAUUAGGCAACUACUUCUACAGUCGUUCGGUGUUAUGUGCAGUCUUGACCCAAUAGCUUUAACUAUAAUGUUAAAUAGCAUACUGCCAAUGGAAUUAGCAAGAGACAUGCGUGCGAAUCCGAGAAACGUGCCAAAGUUAAAUUAUUCUUCCCUUUUACUGACAAUGAUAUUUUCUAUGGGCGAGCCAAUGCCAAUCACGCAUUUAGAGCAACUCGGCGUGGACUGCAUUGCAUUUUUAUUUGAAUUAAUUGAAAAUCCACCCGAUACUGAUCUGGAUGACCAGAUUCCCGAUUUGUUUGUGAAUCUCAUUCUAUCGUACAAUCUGCAAUUUAUGGCAUCUGAAAACAUAGUUCUGAAUGCACUCAAAGGAAGGACAGUUGCCAAAGUUUUUACAGAGAAAAUCUUAUUUCUUUUGAAUCGAGAAGAGGAUCCUGUUCGUAUAUUCGACCAUCAACCGGCACCACCGGAUUCAGUGCUAAAGUUGUUCAUCGACUUGUUUAAUAAAGACGUUACGGCAAAUCUUUUCUACACGAAUGAUGUGAAAGUGCUGAUUGACAUUAUACUGAGGCAGCUGCUUGACAUAGCUCCUGGUGAUAAACGAAGACAAUAUUUGGAACUGUGUAGACGUGUUUUGCGGACAUCCAGCUACAGCGAACACCGGCAUCGUUCCGAGGAUGUACUAAAAAGUUUCACAAGAAUAUUUUGCGAGGAGUCCACCGAGAGCCAAGAAGACCAACAGUUGGUGCGAGAUAUUAGCAAUGAAUUUCCGCACUUAUUUCAAAUGUGACAUUUGCUGUCAUCUUCCUCUGUUAAGGUGGAAGACGAAGACGAUCUGCAAACUCUCGUUUAAAACCCCUUCAAGUAUAUGUGCCGAAAAUGCUUCAUUCAAAGUCUAAAAGAAUUUCCUUUUUUUUGUUUCUUCCCUUUGGGAAAUGGUUCAAAAUAUAUAAGUACACGUUUCUUUGACCCAUUUUAAUUGUAAUUUUAUUUAAAUAAUGCAAUUUUAUUCAUGCUUUUUGAACUAGGGCUCUAAAGCCCUGUUCUCAGUUUCAUUUCAAAUUAAAAAUUAAUAAAAUUGCACUAUUUAAACAAAAUAAAAACUCAAAUUUACCAGACAGACGUGACCUUAUAUAUUUUGAACUGUUCCUAAGAAUUUGAGCAAAAUGUAUAAAUUAAAAAAAUUUUUAAGCGAUCGAAUAUAAAUCAUGUAAUUGGUCACCUGGCGCUCUGUACAUGCCCUUAACGUUCUUAUACUUUUGAGAAAAAAUACCUUAAGUCUUAGGAUAAUUAAAUUAUUGUACAUAGAAAAGUUCAAUUCAUUCCACUAUGUUUUCGGACCUCUACGCUGAAAUCUUCGAUAGGUAUAAUUGUACUGGUCCAACUAAGAGUAUUAAUGAUGAUCUUAAAUAUGCAAAAGCUGACCUUAAGUAUUUUAAAGGUAAUGUUAAUUUAUGCAAGGUAAUCGUAAAUAUUGAAAAAGAUAUAUUAUAAGAAUAAGUGUAGUAAAAAGAAAAGGAUUUGCAGCCCGGCGAAUGAGAGUCGCGGACUUGUAAUCUAGUCUUUAAUUUAUGUACACCGGAAUAGAAUUCUAAGUCAUACGAUUAGAAUUAGAUUUUAGUAAAUUAUAUUCGUAAAGAAAAUACCUAUUAUACUCUCGUUUUGAGUGAAUCUUUUGAUUCCAAGCCAAGUGAUGAUAUUGAAAUACACUCUAAUUGGGUGCCAUGACCAAGCAAAACGCUUCUUCAGACAGAAAGAAUUGGCAGAGCACAAAAUUGAUUUCGCUCGAAUACGGGAUUAUUGCUCGAAACUAGUCUAACAUUAGCGGCUAUAUUUUUUUAUCGAUAUCUCUAAUACCGAUAACUCUGUUAUGUUUGUGACUAUUCUCAAUUAUAGAGGAGUCUCAAAUAAUUGCGAUUAUAAUUAUUAGAUGUUAAAUAAAUAAAAACGUAUGAAAUUUAAUAAUUUAAUAAA